AUGGAAUUCCUGGCAGUGGCCGUCGCGGGGUUACUGGGGAGCUUCUGCUCAACCCUGGCCCCCGCCACCGGCAUAGGCUGGCUGAAUAGCCUGUGCAACCGCGGCAACAUAUCAGCUGAACUUGGGCCAAACUUGUCCAGCGGUGCAAAUAUAUACCUUCCGGGCUCAGAAGGCUUUACUCAAAGUACGGAGCGAUGGUCGUCUUUUGAGGCGCCCAAUGUGACUGUUGUCGUGGAGGUUGCAACCGAGAACGACGUGGCUGAGACGGUCAAAUAUGCAAACGCACAUAACCUACCAUUUAUAGCCGUUAACGGUGGCCAUGGUGCAAUCGCAUCGCUUGGUGCGGUUAGCAAUGGCAUUCAGAUCUGGUUGAAACAGCUGAAUGUCGUUUCUGUUGCAGACGAUGGAAAGACAGCGACUUUUGGGGGCGGAAUUAUGUCUAAGCAGGUUAUAGAUGCGCUGUGGGAACAAGGGAAACAGACUGGUUGGGACAAGACAUGCCCCUAUGGAAACAACGCUUCAGCUAACUAUAUACUAGUGACUGGAGGCUGCGAGUGUAUUAGUCUACUGGGACCUGGUCUUGGUGGUGGCCACGGAUUCUUGCAAGGACGCUAUGGACUCAUUGCCGACCAGUUCGUUUCAAUGAACAUGGUUCUCGCCAACGGAAGCCUCAUAACAGUUGACCAAGACUCCGAUCUAUGGUGGGCCGUGAAGGGCGCAGGCCAUAAUUUCGGUAUUGUGACAUCUGUCACCUCGAAGAUCUAUGAUAUUCCCCAGGACGGGCUCUGGUCAUAUGUGAACCUUUUCUUCACCCACGAAAAAGUUGAGGUUCUGUAUGAAGCGAUCAACGAACACUUUUUAAAAGAUGGUGUCGAGCAACCUGAGGACGUGGUCCAUUUCUCAUCCUGGUUCAACAACCCGGAUGUGGAUCCCAACCAUGCCGCAAUAGGAUAUUUCAUUAUGCAGCAAGGCGUGGACGCCGUGGAGCCGCAAUUUACCGAUCCAUUCACUAAGCUGGGGCCAGUCAUGGCUGUUACAGGCAAAGGAACAUACAAGGACCUCCCUAAAUGGGCCUGGAUCGACAAUGAUUCGUUAUCUUGCCAAAAGUCUGGACGAGGAAAUAUUCGCUUCCCCCUCAAUAUACAGGAGUAUAAUCCAGUAGCGCAGCGCACAGCGUUCGAUUAUUUCACAAAAACCACACAAGAAAUUCCAGCACUGAACAAUACCAUGUUUCUUUUCGAAGGCUAUUCGACCCAAGGCGUGAAGGCUGUUCCCUCUGACUCAACUGCUGUACCAGAUCGAUAUGCGGACCAGUUACUAUGCCCAGUUGUGAUGUACGAGACUGAGGCUCCGCAACGAGAGGGGGAAGCCUAUGAGUUUGGAGAAACGCUGCGCCAGAUCAUAUUCCAGGCAAGCGGCCAGGAGGAUCUGUACUGCUAUGUCAAUUAUGCAAUUGGUGAUGAAGAUCCGCGGAGCUGGUAUGGUUAUGAGCCGUGGAGGUUGGAGAAGCUGCGGAAGCUGAAGGCGAAGUAUGACCCUAAGCACCGUUUUAGUUUCUACGCGCCUGUUGACUAG